AUGAAAACUAAAGAUUUUACUCCAGUCACAACCGAUUCCUUAACGAGAAGCAAAAUCAAACUUUUUGUUCGCAAAGUUCCAUACGAUGCAACUGAUUCCGAAUUUGAGGCUUUUUUUUCAGAAAUAGGACCAAUAAGAUCUUGUUUUCUUAUAAAAGAAUCAGAAAAUACAAAAUCAGUUAAUAAUCCCUCUGUUAAUGAGGAAUUAAAGAACGUAGUCAAGAAUCUUGGUUACGGUUUCGUGAAAUAUGCUUUAAGCCAAGAUGCGGAACGCGCACUAAAGCAACUCAAAAAGGUCAAAUUCAGAGGGCAACGUACCUUACGACUGGAAUACGCCCUAAAAAAGCAUCAAAAACCAAUAAAUAAAAAGGACGACAAAAAAAGGUUUCCCCCCAAAAAAUAUUUAAAAGACUUUGUAAUGGAUGAUAAAAAUAAUGUAAUGGAUAAUGAAAAUAAUGAAAAUUCUGUAUCGGAUGAUGAAAAUGCUGUAUCGGAUGAUGGAAAUGCUGUAUCGGAUGAUGAGAAUUUUGUAUCGGAUGAUGAAAAUGCUGCAUUGGAUGAUGAAAAUGCUGCAUUGGAUGAUGAAAACAUUGUAUUGGAUGAUGUUAAGGAUGAUAAUGAUUGUAAAGAAAUAACGACAGAAAGAAAUCCAGAGGGCACGGUUUUGUUUAUUCGUAAUCUUGCAUUUGAAGCCGAAGAAGAAGAAUUAGGGGCAAUAUUUCGACAGUUUGGACCGUUACGGUACUAUGUAAUUACAAGAGACAACAUAACGAAACGUUCUCGUGGCACAGGAUUCGUAUGUUUCGUACACAAGGAACAUGCAGACUCUUGUUUAGCCGAAGCAAAUAAAAUGGCACACAUUUCCACCGAUUCAUCCAAGAAAUUAAUAACAAAAAGGAAAGGUAAAGAAUUAAUAUAUAAAUCGAUACUCACUGCUGAUCCAUCGGAUUCGCAAGCACAAAAAUUUACGUUGCAUGUUAUUUUUCCCAAUACUCUUGAUGCAGAAUCAUUACCAGCUUCGGAAGUGAAUAAACGUUCAGCAUCAUAUACAAUGAGGAAGAAUUUAUUAUCAAAAAAUCCAAAUCUUUAUAUAUCAAAAAUCAGGUUAUCUAUAAGAAAUAUACCUCGAAUGAUAGAUGAAUUACAUUUAAAACAUUUAGGUAAAGAAGCAAUUAAAAAAUUCAAAGUUGAGGUUAAGAAUGGUAAAAGGAAUGAUUUAUCAGAAAGCGAAAAAAAGGAAGGAUGGAAUAAAUUUGUUCAUAUAAAGCAGGCAAAAAUUGUUCGAUCAAAGGAUAAGAUUGAUUCUGCAACACAAAAGCUUCAAUCAAAGGGUUAUGGUUUUCUUGAAUAUUCAGAACACGCACAUGCAUUAGCAGCAUUGAGAUAUCUUAACAAUAAUCCAGAGAUAUUUGGAGAUAAUAAAAGAUUAAUCGUUGAAUUUUCAGUUGAAAAUAUGAUAAUUGUUAAAAACAGGGUGGAAAAAUUGAAAAAUUCAAAAGAUACUAGAAACAUUAAUAUUAAUGAUAAUAAUGAUGAUACUAGUAAAAAUUUAUCCAAUAAAAAAUUUACGAAUGAUUUAAUAAUUAAAAAUGACGAUGAUUUAAAUUUGAAAAGAAAGAGAUGA